UGCCUGCCGCCUUGCACUCCCCUCUCCUGAGACCCCCUGUCAUGGAAGCUGAACCAACUACGGAAACCAACUUUCAGCUCCCCACCCGUGUCUGCCUGGCGCGUGCAGUGACUCGCCCAUCCCAUCACACUCCGUGAGUGCAACACAAGACCAGGUAUUCCUUCUCAGAGACGAACCAUUGAGAGACGAGAAAAGCAACCUCUGCACCUGCCAUGUGACAAAUGCCACAUGAUCGCCCGGAGCAGAUAUUUUCGCAAUGGCGCCGCCCGCGAAGCGACGCAAGCGCGCCGUAGUCGAAGACGAUUCUGACGACGAGGAGUACCAAAACAAAAACACGCUGAAGCGCUUUCUCUUCUCGUCGCCGAGCAAAAAUGGGUCCCCAGACAAACCGGCUACGGCCCCGUUGAGCAACAAUGGCAGUCCAAACCCCGCGGCCGUCGACUCGCCCAGCCCGGUACGCAAGCAAACCACGCGUGCUGCUGCCGCGCUUUCGAAACCACCCACAUCACGUAGCCCCAGCACCAGCCCGACCAAGUCACGAACAAGGGCGGGGACACAGCGGAAGCGCAAGGCAGAAGAGGACAAGGAGAAAGAAAAGGGUCGGUCUGCCGACCUGCUGACCCUCUUCUCAAAGCAGGCGCAACGCAGCCAGUCGUCGUUCUCGUCUGCCAACGGCACCGGUGCCGGCGCCUCCUUCACCAACAACAGCAACGGCAGCAGCAAGCUCGACGACAUCAUAAGCGACCCCAUCUCCGAGCACAAUGGGGCAGCGGACGAUGACGACGACGACGUGCCGCUUCUGCUGUCGUCGACGGCCGCCGCGUCGAGUUUGGUCGGCCGGGCGCAGGCCGCGCAUAAGCGGUUUGCUGGGUCGGGAUCGGCGUCGGGGAUGGGGUCGUCAUCCUGGCCGGGGACGGCGACGGGAAACGGAAACGGGAACGGAAACGGAAUCGCCAGCACGCAGCAGCCGCGGGGCGGGCAGAAAUUCCUGCGCCAGCCGCUGCGGUCGGGCACAGCCAAAGGCGGCGCGGCAGCGGCAGCAGCAGCAGAGGACGACGACGCCCGCCCGUGGUCGGAGCGCUUCGCGCCCGUCAGCCUCGACGAGCUGGCGGUGCACAAGCGCAAAGUGCAGGACGUGAAGCGCUGGUUGGACGAGGUCUUUGCCGGCCGCAUGAGGCAGCGGCUGCUGGUGCUGAAGGGCCCUGCGGGUUCGGGCAAAACGACGACGCUACGGCUGCUGGCGAGGGAUAUGCGCUGCGAGGUGCUGGAGUGGAGGAAUCCGGCCAAUUCUUUUGGCGUCGCGGGGCAGGGCUACCAGUCUGCCGCGGCGCAGUUUGAGGAGUUCCUCGGGCGGGGAGGGAAGUUCGGGCAGUUGGAUUUCGAGUCGGACGAGGCGACACCUCCGCCUAUGCCGCCGCCGCCCUCAGCUGCUAGUCGAAAUGGGGCGGAUAGGGGGGCGAGUAGGAGGCUGAUCCUGGUGGAGGAGUUUCCGAACACGUUUAUGCGCUCGUCUACCGGGUUGACGGGGUUCAGGAACGCCAUAUUGCAGUUUCUGGCGGCAAACACACCUGCCCUGGCAGCCUUUGGGCUCAGCAGCACCGCGGACCCAAUCACCCCUGUCGUCAUGGUCGUCUCGGAGACAUUGCUCACAACGACGUCCGCCUCGGCAGAUAGCUUUACGGCUCAUCGAUUGCUCGGACCGGAGAUCCUGAGGCACCCAGGAACGGGGGUCAUCGAGUUUAACCCCAUUGCGCCGACUUUUCUGACCAAGGCCCUGGAGCUGGUGGUGCAGAAGGAGGCUCGCAAGUCCGGGAGGCGGCGUACACCUGGCCCUCUUGUACUGCAGCGGCUGGGCGAGAUAGGAGACAUCCGGAGCGCCAUCUCGUCUCUGGAGUUCCUGUGCGUCAAGGGGGAUGAUGAGGCGGACUGGGGUUCUAAGGUUGCCUUCACGAAGCCGAAGCGGGGAUCCAAGGGCGUCCCGGCGCUCACCAAAGGCGAGCAGGAGAGCCUCGAGCUGGUGUCGCAACGCGAGGCGACGCUCGGCAUAUUCCACGCUGUCGGCAAAGUUGUAUACAACAAAAGGGGCGACUUCCCUGCGGGGUCCGUCGAAGCGGCAGCCGAAAUGCUGCCCGACUACAUGGCGCACCUCGCCCGGCCCAAGCGAUCCGAAGUGGCGGUCGACAGCCUCAUCGACGAGAUCGGCACCGACACACACACCUUCAUCUCGGCGCUGCACGAAAACUACGUGCUGUCCUGCGAGCAGAGCAGCCCACUAGACCCCAACUCGUCGCUGGACUACAUCAACGGCUGCCUCGACUACCUGUCGGAAAGCGACCUGCUCUGCCCGUCGUGGGACGUCUUCUUCGGCGGCAGCAGAGGGCUUGGCGGGGCCGGCGGGUACGGCGGCAAGGACUCGGGCAGCCACCUGCUGCGGCAGGACGAGAUGGCGUUCCAGGUCGCCGUGCGCGGGCUGCUGUUCGCGCUGCCGUCGCCCGUCAAGCGCCAGUCGCACCCCACGGGACGCGGCGCCGCCGACGCCUACAAGAUGUUCUACCCGACCUAUCUGAAGCUGUGGCGGACCAAGGAGGAGCUCGAGGGGCUCGUCGACAUGUGGGCCACCAAGAUGCUUAAGGGCGAGGACGGCGGGCCGGGACCGCCCGCCACGCAGGCGCAGACGCAAGCACAGUCGCAGGCAUUUGCCAAGAACAGCGGAUCGUCUGCGUUCCGCAAGCCCGUGCCGCCGGCCGCAGUGGGUAAUGCCUUUGCCGCCACCAACAGCAGCAGCAGUCAGGCUCCGUCAUCGUCAUCGACAGCGACGUCCAAGGCCGAGACGCACUCGCACGCGCCACCAGUCACCCCUCUUCUCUCGCUCGGCAGCGCGGCGCGGCAGGAGCUGCUGCUCGAGCGGCUGCCGUACAUGGCGCACAUGGCGCGGCGGCGGCGGUGCUCGGCGUUCGGCGCGAUGCGGGUCCGGGACCUCGAGCGCAUCGUCUCGUUCCAGGGCAUCGGCCCGCUCGGCGCGGGCGAGGACGAGGGCGCCGACGCGGCCGCCGAGGAAGGAGACGGCGGCGCCGGCGCGGCCGAGGCCUGGGCCACGGACCGGCCGACGGAGGAGGGCACGCCGCGGAAGAAUAGGCGGCUCGCGCUCGGGGCGGCCGUCCUCAGCCGUCGGCCUUCGUCCGGCAGGGCGGGCAGGAACGAGCUGGAGGAGUUGCCCAGCUUGCCGAUGCAGAGUCUCGUGAUUAGCGAUGAUGAUAUUGAGGACGAUUAGAAGGUUUGCCUUUGUGAUAUACAGUGAUAUGGAUGGGUUGGGACAGUGGACUGCUUCCCCGCUCUGUUGGCAAAUGGCGACGGCGUUGUA